AUGGCGCAGAAGCUCCAGCACAUAUGUGUGAUUAAUGAGGAAGCAAGUGAUAAAGUUUUGGAGGUGGAACAGAAAUAUAACGAGGUUCGCAGACCUGUCUACAUUAAACGGAAUGAAAUCAUCCAAUCCAUUCCAGACUUUUGGUUAACUGCGAAAGAUACUGAACACAAUUUCUUUAGUUGGUUUGGUGAAACUGAACUGAAAAAUUUCUCAGAUGGAGUAACAGAUGAGGUGGCAGAGAUUAUCAAGGAAGAUUUAUGGCCCAACCCUUUGAAAUAUUUUAAUAAUGAGGCUGAUGAGGAGGAUUUUGAUGGGGAUGAAGAUGAUGAAGAGAAGGGAUCUGAAGAUGAUGAGGAUGGCGACCAAGAUGAUGAUGAAGAGGAGGAUGAUGAGGAUGAUAGUUAAUCCCUUGUAGCUUCUUUCAUUUUGGCUUCCACCACUUGCUGUGGCGAGUGCAAGGCAAGCUUAUGACUAUUGAAGGGCUCUUGACUCAAGCGGGCUGACUUUCGAUCAUGCUUUAAGCUUUGUAGUUGUCAAUUUUUGUACUUGGGGAGUUUCAUGAGCCCUAGGUAUAGCUGGUGGCGUGUCUAAAGCUAGGAGUUUAUUUACUGAUGUGGGUAUUAAAUGUUUGAUCUUGGACUUAUAGCAUCUCCGUAUCAAGAAUCCAGGACUUUGUAUGGGCAGCUGCUGCAUCAUUUUUUAUGAACUUGUUUAGUUUUACAUCAAUUUAAUCUGA